UCUACAAUAACAAGAUAAGAGACCAGAAGAGCAUUUUCCUUGAAGGUGAGUAGAUAGAUAAGUGGAUAAGGCGACCAACACUGAAACGAAGUCAUAUCUAUUAAACGUUGGGCUUCGGGCUUCAGGCUUCAGGCUUCAGUUAUUGUAUUCCACUAACGCAUCACAAUGACGGUGAGGAUUCGCUUUGCAAGGUUUGGUUGCACCCACCGCCCCUUCUAUCGUAUCGUUGCCGCUGAUAGCAAAUCCACCAGAGAUGGUGGCUCCCUCGAAAUUCUCGGUUUCUAUGACCCUUUGGCAGGGAAUGAUAGUGACAGAAAGAUGGCUCUCAAAUUCGAGAGAGUGAAGUAUUGGCUUUCUGUUGGAGCUCAACCUUCGGAAGCAGUAGAGCGUCUUCUACUGCGAGCAGGGUUACUUCCUCCACCACCAAUAGUGGCAGCAGGUGGACCACGUGGUACGAGCUCUGUCGGUACAUCCAACCAGGAACAGCCAGCUGAUGCCAACCGCGAUGAUGGUGUAUCUCCAGAAGCUAUCUUUUCAAUUGGCUUACAAGUUAACUGAAGAGAAGAUCUGCCAUAUGUUCUGGGAAUGUGGUUUGAGUUGUGGAAGUAUCAUCACCUAGAGUAAGGACUAAACAUUGAUUAAAUUGUGCACGCCGUCAAGUUGUACUCUGAAAUGAACUCAUAGUUUAUCUUGCUGUUGAAAUUCCUGUUAUUUCUGUUUUUCUGAAACUUUUGCAUUUGGAAGUUUGUCUGGACAGUAACAGUAGCAGCACAUUUGGUUUCAUAUUUAUUCUUCUAAUCUAUCAUGGAAGUUGAUUUA